AUGACGAAAUUAAUGAAUCAAAUAAUUUACGAUCAUCGAGAACACAUACGAGAAAAAAUAGCAGUCUCUCUAUCGUUUUCACUGGAUAGGAUAAUAGAAUUGGAUAAGCUAGUGAGCUUGCUAUUUUUAAGUGGUUUAUUAAUCGGUCGUUCUAGAAGUGUUUGCACUCUAGUAAGGCCAAGGAUAAAUCGAAAAACGUGGGACUCAAGGUGGAGCCUUCGCGGGCUCGAUGCGCAGUGCUGGCCGCUGGCAGACAGCAACCAGCCACUGACCACAACUAAUUGUCGCUUGCAAUGGGCGCGCACGUGUGAGGCGGCGCGCAGGUGCCGCCGACCUCGCGCUAUCUCGUCUCGCCGCCGAGGUCACGAUGAUAACACACUCUAUUUUCGAGCACAGCUGUUAGCUCGACCGAUCGUGACCGUCACAAGCGCACCCGCGAAUACCCCCAUACGCACCGGACUCGCUACGCCGCGACACUUCGCGUGGAAGCGGAGGAAGCUAUCGCCAACCGGCGUCGACAAGCUCCGCUCGACGACUGACCUACAAUGA